AUGCUGGUCAUCUCCUGUUCAUUUGCCCUCCUUUCCGUCCUUCUUUCGGGGUGCAUCAUCGAUGCUAAGCCUCACAGUUCGCCCCUUGAAAGAAGGAUGACAAAGAAUCGGCGUCGUAACGUACUCGGUUCCUCUCCUUCUCCUCCGCCAAUCAAUCAUGGUCUGGUUGGUAGAGACGAUUCGGAUGUUGAUGUAGUUUGGGUAGAUGUGACUUCUUUCACCACAGUCACCGCCCAGGCUACAGCGACAGCAGCUGAAACCACAGCAGAAAGUACGAAGGAUGAAGACGCUCCAGAAAUUGUCGGUGCAGUCUUAGCUGGUGAAGGUGGAAGUUCAGGUGAUGAUGAACCAGAGGUGGUUUACGUAGAUGUUACUUCGUAUAUAACCAAAACUGCUUAUGCCGCUGAACAAACUCAACAACAGCAACAACAACCGGCUACUAGUACUGCCGAAGCUACUCGAACGUAUAAAAAACCUGUAACCGUUGCUGCCGUGGCUAUCAGUACUGGUCCAGGAGGAACGACGACAUUAGAAGUUACAAGUACUCAGGCUGCAACUUCGUUGGCAAGUGCUACUGGUAAACCUAAGAACGACGAUGAAUCUCAUCAACGGUGGGUAGAUCUACACAAUGUAGCUAGACAGAAAUAUCAAGUUCCGCCGGUAGUUCACGCCCCGGAGCUCUUACAGAUAGCUAAAGAACAUGCUGAAGCAUGCAAUAAGGAGCACACUAAAGCUGCCGAGAACUUGCAAUGGGGAAGCGGAAUGGGCACACCUGAUAGUGCUGUUAAUGGAUGGAUGAGCGAAGAUGUGUUGUAUGAUUGGAAUAAUCCUCAUUACACAGAUGAAGCAGGCCAUUUCACUCAGGCCGUUUGGAAAAACACUUCUCGAAUCGCAUGUUGGAUUGCUGAAUGUUCUCGAGGAACAGUCGUUGGAUGGGAAUACGAGCAAUCUUUUCAAACGGCCUGUGAAUAUGAUCCAUCCGGUAACUACGUCGGUGAAGAGAAUUUCAGAGAAAACGUACUCCCCCCUGCGUACUAA